AUGACGACGCGCGUCUCGACGCUGGCGGGGGAGAAGGUGCUGCUCCCGCGCGAGUCCCUCACGGAGGCGGAGAAGUGGCGGUACGCCAUUGACAACACCCUCAGGGUGUGUGGCUUAGGGUUCCUCGGCGGCGCCGCGUUUUCGCUCGUUGUGUUUCGCAGCGUCGGGCCGCGCAUCGCGGUGACGGCGUUUGGCGGCGGCGUCGGCCUCGGCAAGUCGUACGUGGACAUGCGCUACGUGUUCGGCCACGAUGUGGUCGCGGACGCCGUCUGGACGGCGGAGGUGGUGAAUAGAGCAAGCCGCGGCGCGCCCGCAGUAGGUGAGGGCGAGGAUGCCGGCCCCCAGUAG